GAGUGUGAGCAUUUAAUGCAGACAUGUUUGCAUUAACUGUUGUAGUUUCUGAGGAAUUGAUGUGCUGAAAAAAAGUGUUUUAUUGUGGCCACUUCUCCUUCAAGCCUGCAACUAUAUGCUCACAGUGAGAAACAGAGAGAGUCGGGUGGUUGGUGAAAGACUACUGAGGGGUUGUUGGAGCCGUUCCAUUGUUGGUGUACUACUACUGUGUAUUUAUUGCGUGUUCAAUCAAUGUUUACGGCUCUCUCCUCCAUAUCCUGUCGUUUUGAGUCAUUUUGAAUAUUGGGUCGGUUUCUUCUUAACCUUUUUGGAUUCUAAGGUUUGAUUCUUAUUCUUGUUGGAUGUUUUUGAAUCUGGGUUUUGUAUCAUCUGUGGGGUUCAAGCUUCUGUGCUCUGUUAGCAUCUGGGUUUUGAAUGUAAUGCAGUUGAAUUUGAAAUGAAGAACCCAUAAAUUAAAAGAUGGUAAAGCAACGGUUUCUCUGAUCACGUCUUAAAGGUCAUAAAAGUAAAGCUCUCCGCUUCAAUAUUUGAAAAGAACAAAAGAAAUCUCGUUUUGCUUUCCAUAUUUGAAUUUGAGCUUGUUCUGGUAUAUGCUUUCUGGGUAUCAGUGGAAUUGUUUGCGAAGAAGCGUUCAUGCAUCUUUCACUAUGGAAGCCGAUAACCCAUUGUGCAGCUUUAAUCAUGGACAAGAAGACCAAAAGGCGAAAUCGUUCUCUGUUGACAGAGGACCCAAAGCGAAAGCCCUCUAUGCUUCGUCAAUUGCAUGAGAACAAGCUCAGAGAAGCUCUUGAAGCAGCAUCUGAAGAUGGGUCUCUCGCAAAAUCCCAAGACACUGAUCCUGAACCAUCGUCGAAUCAAGAGAAAUCCAUUGGCAGGUCACGAUCGCUCGCUAGGCUCCAUGCCCAGAGGGAGUUCUUGCGAGCCACGGCUCUGGCUGCGGAGCGGACAUUUAGCAGUGAAGACUCGGUACCUGAACUACGUGAUGCCUUCUCCAAGUUCCUCACAAUGUACCCAAAGUUUCAAUCCUCUGAAAAGAUUGACCAAUUGAGGUUGGAUGAGUAUGAGCAUCUCUGUGAGUCUAAUUCAAAGGUAUGUCUUGAUUACUGUGGCUUUGGACUCUUUUCAUAUCAUCAGACUCAGUAUAAUUGGCAGUCAUCAGCAUUUACUUUGUCUGAGAUUACUGCAAAUGUGAGCAAUCAGGCUCUUUAUGGAGGUGCUGAGAAGGGCACUGUGGAACAUGAUAUAAAGACUAGGAUUAUGGAGUUUUUGAAUAUCCCUGAAAGUGAAUAUGGAAUGGUAUUUACUGUCAGUAGAGGGUCUGCUUUUAAAUUGCUAGCUGAAUCAUAUCCUUUUCAAUCAAACAAGCAAUUGUUGACCAUGUUUGAUCAUGAGAGUCAGUCUGUGAAUUGGAUGGGUCAAUGUGCCAAAGAAAAGGGUGCUAAGGUUUCUAGUGCAUGGUUUAAAUGGCCUACAUUUAGACUCUGCUCUAGAGAGCUUAGAAAGCAAAUUUCGAACAAGAAGAAGAGGAAGAAGGAUUCAGCGACUGGAUUGUUUGUGUUUCCUGUUCAGUCUAGGGUUACUGGUGCUAAGUAUUCGUAUCAGUGGAUGGCGCUUGCUCAGCAAAAUAACUGGCAUGUAUUGCUUGAUGCCGGAGCAUUAGGCCCCAAGGAUAUGGACUCUCUAGGGUUGUCACUGUUCAGGCCAGAUUUUAUUAUCACAUCGUUCUACAGGGUUUUCGGGACGGACCCAACUGGGUUUGGAUGCCUUUUGAUCAAGAAAUCCGUAAUGUCAGUCUUGCAAAAUCGCAGUGGGCAUACUGGGUCUGGAAUGGUGCGGAUCCUUCCUGUUUUACCCCAGUAUUUGAGUGAUUCGGUUGAUGGUCUUGAUGUUUUGGCAGGAAUUCAAGAUAGUGCCAUUUGUGGUAGUGAGCCAUCGGUUCCUGAGGCACAUAGUGGAUCUCAAAUGCCUGCAUUUUCUGGGGUAUUCACCCCCAGCCAGGUCAGGGAUGUCUUUGAGUCUGAGGUAGAACAAGAUAACAGCUCAGACAAGGAUGGGGCAAGCACCAUAUUUGAAGAGGCUGAGAGCUUUUCAGUUGGAGAUGCCAUGAAAAGUCCCACUUUCAGUGAGGAUGAUUCGUCAGACAAUUCGUUUUGGAUUGAUCUUGGUCAGAGCCCAUUUACCUCUGGUAAUGCUUGCAUGGUGAUCAAAGAGAAAUCAAGCUCACCUUUGCCAUCAUCAUGGUUUUCGACCAAUAAAAAUAACAGUCGAUUUUCGUCGAAACUCACUUCAAAAAUAUUUAAUCCAUUGUAUGAUGACAGGAAAGUGAAUCAGAGACCAGAACAAGAUCAUGUUUUCUCUUUUGAUGCCGCUGUGUUAUCAAUGUCACAGGAGCGUGAUCGUGCUAAAGUAAUCCCUGAAGAACAGUUUGUGGACACAGACCACUCUUCUUUGAAUAAUGUAAAAUGUACAGAGCAGCAUGCUGGGGAAAUUCAAGAAGAAUCUGAAAUCAGGGGUAACUCAAAGGUUGAUCCUAACUUGAGUUCUAAGAUAAAUGGGUUCAGACUAGAUAGCCGGAUUUCCAAGUUUGGGCAUGGUAGUCCCACAUGUACCUCAGCCUCAGAAAUUAGCCAACAGGGCAAAGAAAGUGCUAUAAGGAGGGAGACAGAAGGCGAGUUUAGACUACUGGGGCGGAGAGAAACGAGUAGACUUGCUGGUGGUAGAUUUUUCAGCGUGGAAGAGGAUGAUCGAGUUUUAAGCAUGGGUCGCACUAUAUCUACCACCACAGGAAACAACCAUCAAGAAGAUGUCAGUGGCUUAGAGCUUGGGGAAGAAUCUUUGAUUAGCCUUGAUGAUGAUGAGUACAUGAGUGAUGGGGACUAUGUUGAUGAACACGAUUGGGAAAGGAGGGAGCCGGAGAUAAGUUGCCAGCAUCUUGAUCACAUAAACAUGCUAGGCCUCAACAAGACCACAGUCAGACUGCGAUUCUUGAUCAACUGGCUUGUUACCUCACUACUUCAACUUCGGUUUCCCAGUACAGAUGAAGGUGCAGGAGUUCCCCUUGUGCAAAUAUACGGCCCAAAAAUUAAGUAUGAAAGAGGUGCUGCGGUAGCUUUUAAUGUGAGAGAGAGAAGCGGAGGACCAAUGAUGUACCCGGAAGUGGUUCAGAAAAUAGCUGAGAGAUAUGGUAUAUCCCUCGGAAUUGGGAUCCUCAGUCAUAUAAGGAUUGUAGAUGAUCAGAAACAGAACAGCAAGGCAUUCGACAUUGAAGAUGCGGCCUUGAGCAUGCCCGUGGCUAAUGUCACUAAAGUUGGUAAAAAUGUGUUCUUUCGCGUUGAGGUUGUUACAGCAUCACUUGGAUUUCUCACCAACUUUGAAGAUGUUUAUAAAAUGUGGGCUUUUGUGGCUAAGUUCCUUAAUCCAUCAUUUGCUCUAGGGGAUGAAUUAUCAGCAGUUCCAGAAGAUUCAGAAACAUGGGAUUGAGAAGCUCUUUGGCUGGAGAUACAUAUUUGUCUAUGUAUGGACUGUGUCAUUUGCUCUUCCUAGGGAAACUUAUUACCUCGUCUGAGCAAACAGCGAACGGGGGUUUGUUUAUUCUUCUUAUAUAUAAUCUUUUUAGUGUAAUAUUGGUAUUGUUGAUGUAAUGUAAGGUUCCAAUCCAUGUAGAAUAUGAUUAGAAAUCACAUAUCAGCUCAAGGAGUUAGUUUGUACUAACAAUAGAAUAGCUGAAUAGGGUUGGUUUUGAGACGGCUUCCACGACUUGUUAUAUAUAAGUAUAUGAUUUUACUCUUAAA